AGCGGCAGCAGCGGUUGUCACCUUGCGAUCGCCGCCACGCUGCGCGAGAGUCGACCAAUAACAUCCGUGCGAAUCACGAGAACAACGGAGCGGUAUCAGGAACAAAAGGACGGUCGAACGGAGCGGCGGUCUGUGAGGGUGGCGAAUUUUCAUCGCGAACUCUGUCUCCGAGAGCUCCGUGCGUUUCAGUGUCGAUGGACGAGACGUUUCCCCAGCGUGACUCUCAAGCAGUCUCUCGCGAUACAUUCGCUGAAGUGAUGAGGAAUGUAAUACGCGAAUUCCGUCCUCGAGAGCGAAUCUUCUUUAUUCGUGCUCCGGUCUUCGCGCUCCACUCAAGUCGUCGUUAACAGGUUGUCGUCACAAGCUUUGCUCUCGUCGUCGGUAUCGUCUGCUGUAUUUUAGUACGAAGAUUUAAUCUUCGCUUGAGUGAAAUCUGAAUACUAAAAAAUUCCUUCCGAGCUAUUCUUCAAUAUUGUCCUUUUUAAUGCGGGAAUUCACCCUUCGCUUAAACCGAAACACACCGAGCUUAAAUUUAACGAACGGUGAGUGAAGGUAAACAGUUCGCGAAAUUGCUCGAUCGUCAAUAUUAUGACGGAAUAUCGAGUGAACUUAUUUCGCGAGUGAGAUGCUUUAUUCGCGGCGGUUAUUAGCGAUUAUUGCACGGUGCUUAGCCAGGUGAUUGUGGCAUUGAGGUGCAAGCGUGAUGAGAGCCCAUCAUAAACGAUCGGUGAGUUUCCGCCGGAGUUGAAUAUCGUUCCGAUUUCCGUCUCGAAGCAAGCUAAGUUGAUUGAAUUGUGCGGUCGGAUGGAGAUUCGGAAGAUGCCUCUCACCGAGUUAGGAUCUCAAGAUCCGACACUCUCCCGGCCAGGCGAGCCGCUGUGCUCCACCAUCGUGCGAUUCGCCAGUUCGUGAUUAAGAUCUCAGAUAAGAUGCGGUCGGCGGUUUUUUUGGAGAAGAGUUCCAGUGAUUUCGGCGGGAUGUUCGGCCAGCGCGUGCGAAUCGCUCGGGCUGGAUAGUCGGAUUGGCCGGAUCUUCUCGACCUCAGAGUGCUUCGUGAACGCGAAUUCCGGUCCGAAGCGGCGCGGUGGCGUUUGCCGUUGGUAUGCGGAACAGUCGGCGGUUCGUGCAAGAAAAAGCGUCGGUUUCCAGUCGAUUCGCGGCGGCUUCGGAUAUCGCCGUCGUGUCGCGAGUGCGUCGUCAGUUAAAUAUUGGCAAUCGGCUGAAGCGAUUCGCGUGAAAUGCGAUAGUUUCCGCGAUCGACCGGAUAUUUUGACGGCGUCAGGCCGAAGUACAAAGCGGAAGUUCCUCGUCUGGUGUACUUCGCAAUCACUCGAAGGUGAUGUGCUAUUAUUGUGAGUCUUUUAAUUUUCCGCUCUUUCGCGGAUGAAUGAAUUUACCGUUCAUCAGAAGUGAAUCACGAUUCAGUGAAUUUAUCACACAUCUGCCGACGAGUCAUUGGAUAUUCGUCUUGAAUACGUAUUCUUUUUUUGGACCGCGAGAGCAGCUCGAGAGUUUUUAGUUAAACGGCCGUAUCACGUUUCCGUUUAAUUCCCAGUUUUGCGAUCCCAGUGUACGUCAGUGUCGUGCGUUAUCUUAACGUCAAAACAUUUUGGGCCAGUUCGAUGCGAAAAAUGAAAGUCCCGAUCAUGAAGUAGAUCGAACACGGAAGUACGAUUUUCGGUAGAAAUUACGCGUUCUCGUGUUCGCUAUCGAAUGACGAUCGUGCGUGGUGUUGGUGCUUUUGUCGACGACAGCGAGAAUCAUCCACGAGUACGGUGAUCGUGUGAUCGUUACCGUCGUUUGUGACGCAUUGAAUUACCAAGGCACGAAACAUUAGUGCCCCACGGGAAAAUGAAGAGAUCCUCUUCGUUCUUCACCUCAAGAGUGACAGCGGGCUAGUGGACACAGAUCCAGGUCGAGUUAGCAGCAUGACAGCCAUUAACUCGGGUCCGGUCGGAGAGGUGGGCGGCGUGAGGCUGCCACUGCAGUCGUUACAUGGAUACGGAUCUGUGUUCAUGUACUCGGCGUCGACGAGUCCCGGGGGUGGAGGUGGCCAGGGUGGCGGAGGCGGGGGUGAAGUCACUCUCCGCCUCCGCGAACCCGAGGACAUUCCCGAAGAGGUCCUCGCCCGCCUCGAGGACACCGCCACCCUCUCCAUCUCUCUUCAAAGCGAUGCAGUCCUGAGGCUAGGGGCGGCUGGCGCAGGAAAUGGGAACUUAGAAUUGUUCGAUAGUGAGAGCGGGCCGGACCUCACGCUAUCACCUCAAACCUUCACGUCAACGGCGGAGGCCUUCAUCAAUGACAAUAGCGACAGUCUCGGAGUUCCAGGAGACAACGAUACCGGUAGCAGCGAGGAAUCGAGGGCCGGUGGCGGUGAUCCUGGGAAGCUGGGAGUGAAGAAAUCGAGACCGAAGGCCUCCUCGCCGAACAGGCAGGGACCACAGCAGUGUCAGGUCUGCGGGAAGGUGUUUAACAACGCAUCGGCGCUCACGAAGCACAAACUGACGCACAGCGACGAGAGGAAAUACGUGUGCACGAUGUGCGGCAAGGCGUUCAAACGGCAGGACCACCUGAACGGGCACAUGCUGACACAUCGAAAUAAGAAACCGUACGAGUGCAAGGCCGAAGGGUGCGGCAAGUCUUACUGCGACGCGAGGAGCUUGAGGAGGCACACGGAGAAUCACCAUGCCGGCAGCAAAAUCAACGAAAGCAUCAGUCCUAGCAGCCCCACGACCGGGCCUCACACGCCUAACACCCCCGGAAGCAAUCCCAGCACACCGAGCACACCUGGUGCAACUUCCACGACAAAUGGUCACGGGCACGCGGCCUUGAAGCAGCUUCUCGCCACCGAACCCGCGCAAACGCAACAGCAAAAGAGCGCCACGUCUCCCGGUGCCAGUAACGAUGGCCUCACGAAACAACAGCUGGAGCUCAUCCAGCAGAUCAUGCAGCAAACGCAACAACAGCAACAGCAAACAACUACGCAACAGCAGCAACAGCAGCAGCAGCAGCAACAGCAGCAACGGACUGCGACUCCCUCGGCAGCGGUGACCGCACAAAUACAAAAGACACAAAAACCGUCCAUCAAAUCCACUGCGUCGCCCGGCAAUAUUUCCAACAAUUCCGCGAGCGGAAACGCGACCAACAAUGCGAGAUCGAGUCCAAAACCGAAGAUGUGGAAUCACACGCAGCAACAACAACAACAAGCGCAGCAGCAGGCGCAACAGCAGCAGCAGCAACAACAACAGCAGGUCGGCUCACCGGGAAACGGAAAUGUAGGGAAGGGCAGUCCGUCUCCCGGAAAUUCAUCUUCUCCCGGUACGGUCGCGACUUCCAACAAGCCCCAAACGGAACCGAAACCGGUGGAGUGCAAUCUGUGCCAUCGAAAAUUUAAAAACAUACCGGCCCUUAAUGGCCAUAUGCGACUCCACGGUGGUUACUUCAAAAAGGACGCGGAGAACAAAAAGAGCGAGAAGAAAGAAGUCGUUGGGCCGCCUCUGCAGACGGCUUCCGUCAGCGUGAGAGCGCUCAUCGAGGAGAAGAUCAUACAGAAAAGAACGACAGCAGUGGACGCGAAUGGCAAUCAGCAACCUCGUACGAAUGCUACCGUCUUCACCACGCAAGCCGACGCCGUUUCGCAAAUCGCCGUCAAAACGAAUUUCGCGGUGCCGGCUCCGCCGCCCUUGGCAGCGGGGGAAAAGGUGCGUCGUUUUUCCGAUGGCGAACACUUCCGGCAGCCCAAUAUCACCGUGGGUGGCCACGCGACUGUGCAGAAGCAAUUGCAGGAAGCGAAAACUCAGGCUCAAGCGCAAGCCCUCGCCGACAUGAUCCUGAAGGGUGCGAAGGUGGCUGUGAAGAGAACAACUUCCGAUCCAGGACAAAGAUUACACUUGACUUAUCAGCAGCCCGUGCAAUCAGCGACGACCAACCAGCAACCGAAUAAUCAGCAGCCGCAGGCACAACCCGCGGUAACGGAAAGCUUCACGAUGACAGGAUACGCCGAGGAUGGCGGUUACUUUAGCCCAAGCCUGCAGGACGAAGUGUUUCAACAGGUUACAACGGUUCCCGAUAGCGUGCUCCUGCACGCUACCCAUUUGGACUCGAUUCAGUUUCAGACGGCCAGUUUGUUGCAAGAGCAAUCUACCGAGCAGCUGCAGGAUAUCACGUUGGAGGACCGAUACUCCUCGCAGCACACGGUCAAUCCGGACCUUCAAGCGCUGGUGAACUCGCCGUUGCCCGACUCCCUGGCCGAAUUCAGUACUUACGCCGCGCAAUACACGGAAAGUCCUCAUACGUUACCAACUCAGUCACCCCUGCCGUCGCCUUUAACGCGACACGACAGCCCGAGCUUCACGUACCCAACACCACCGGCCAGCCAGGAGGGCCUGCUCACCGGAAGCCUGCCGUUGCUGAGUCCCCAAGAGGACCCGGAGAACGUGAGACACGUGUCGUCGCCGCUCUCGGCGGCGUUCUACACCAGCACGAUGUCGUCCGCUGCGGCCGUGGAGGAAGCGCUGAACGAGGUACUGCCGGGUGAAUCCGAAGGUGAUGCGGACCUCUACGGGUCCGGUUCGCCAAAUCCGCACUCGCCACUGCCAAGCCCGUUGUCGGCGACGUCGGCGCCGUCACCGCUGCCGCCGUCCUCCGUCUCGUCGCCGGGACCGGUCACCUUUACAGGCACGAGCUUUCCCGUGUCGCCACAUCACGCGCUUCAAAAUCAGAUGAUGCCGAAUUCGGAGGAUCCCCUGCUUUCCUCGACCUCGAAGGACUUCGCCGCCUCCGGUCGUAGACGAUUCGAGUUUCAAUCGUACAAGCUGAUCACGAGCCAGAAUCUGGUGGACUUCGGUCUCGGAAACGGCAGCCUGGCUGGCAUUGUCGUCGAUAACAACGGCGAGUUCAAGCUGAUACAAACAGCGGGUCUGCAGAAGGCGAACGUGUUCGUGCAGGCGGGCUCUCUCAGUCCCGCGCUGACAUUCAAGAAGGAGAUCCGUCUGGCGACGCCGAAAAUCGAGCCUGUCACCGUGAAUCUCGGCCUAAACGUUCAAACGACAAAUCAGCAGCAGUGCAACACGGGACAGUUCAAUCAACAGCAAGUUGUCAACCCGGCCAAGUUCUUCGUGCAAACUAACCACGCGACGAAGAACAACAUCUUGAGACACAAAACGGCCGGAAAUUUACCAAUACCCAUCGAACAGAUCAAGCAGGAGCUAUUAGACGAAGACGUGUUUCUCAGUCCUGGCAGUUUACCCACCAGCAGCCCCGUGCGACACUGUCGGAAGAGGCCACGCAUGGACGGCGGCCAAUACGUCAGCAGUUCGCACUCUUAUCCGUCGCGAUUGCGAAAGGCUUGUGACCGCCACUGGGAUAGCAGCUACACCCCGCCACCGAUCCUAGACCCGUCUCGUCCCGGUCCGGGGCUCUAUGCGAGAUUGCAUCAGCACGAGAGAGAUUCGGACUUCAGUUCGGACGAUUCUCAAGGGAAUGACGGUCCACCGCCGAGGAUCAACAUCGGCACGAGGUAUCAGGCCACGAUACCUCCGGUGGAAUACGACGGAGACAGGGGAAACGACGGGCCCGAGGCUGACCAUCUUCUAUGGGAUCCCGGCAUAAACAACGUGCUCACGAAUACCGAACUGGAGAUGUACCUACAGUUCGCGUGUUGCGCCGCGGUGCCGGGCGGUGGUAGGAACAAGGAAUACGCGCUUCAUCUGUUGCAUAUGUGCAAAGGGAAUAUUCGCGAAGCAAUGGUGAAAUUGAUGCGACCAACGCCUACACUACCAAUGGAGCAUCCUUUGCUCAGUUACGAGUGCCACGAGUCCGACAGAUGGACGUCACAUGAAAUGGACGCGUUUUAUCAGGGACUGCUCAAGUACAACAAGGACUUCUCCGCGAUAUCGCGGGACGUCGGUGCCAAGACCGCGAAACAGUGCGUGCAGUUCUACUACCUUUGGAAGAGACUUUGUCCUGACGAGUACAAGAGGCUGCGUAUUUGCCAUGGAAAAGCGAAGAUCAAGAGCGAGAUUAAAGAUAGCAAAGAUACCAAAGAGCUACGCGACGCCAUUGCGUCUGUGACGGAAAUGGACUUCAGUGAAGACAAAUCAAUCCUUCAUCGUACAUUGCUACAAACAAACGAAAGAGAAAAUUCGGCGACUCUGACCACCAGCGAAGGAGAGCUGAGGUUAUUCGCAUACGACUGCACAGAUAGCUUUAGCGGAAGUGUAACAGUAACGAUGGCCGGAAGCACCCAAACCGCCCAAAUCGGCAAUACCGGCCGCGCCACAGUCAACACCAACUCACAAACUCACACUAGUUCUGAGCAACAACUACCCGCGCCCACCCCACUUCACUACCCCUGCAAGAUUUGCGGGAAAGUUUUCAACAAAGUGAAAAGCAGAAGUGCACACAUGAAAUCCCACAGGCCAAUACCCUUGCCCGAUUCAACGGGUCAGGAAUCUAAGCGAGCCACGCAACAACCGUCGAAAGCGCAACAACUGCAACAGCCAAUGCCGUUGCAGCAAAGCCAACAACAGCAGCAACAGCCGGACAAUGCUACGCCGCAAGCUCAAGACCAUCAACAACAACUGCCCGCGAGUAUCAGUGACAACAGCGCCAAAAAUACAGCACAUUUAUGCCAUAAUCCGACGAGGCCCCCAUAGGACAGGAUCCAAGUAAUUAAACUUAAGCUACCUUAACGAAGGCUGUAAUGGUACUGUAGGAAAGUAAUAUGGUCGCGCGUGGUACCAGGCUCUAAACAAUCGCGAUCGUCAAUCGUUACGAAUAACGUAGCGAGAAUAUCUUUUUACGAAACCUUUGCUCACAAUGGGGCAGGUUGCGUGAGUAAACUUCCAAAAUAGAUAGUUUCGAAAACGCGAAUAUCUCCCCUAUAUAUGCGAAACUGUGCAAAAGAACGUAACUGGUAUGUUUAAUCAGUCAAAUGGACUAAUUGAAUUUAUGAGACUCAUACGGAAUACGUAUCGUAUCGGCCGUUCAGGAAAAAGAAAGGAUAAGACAACAUCUAUCAGUAAUGGAAACUAUGCAUGAGAAGUUGUAGAACUCGUAGGGUUUAAUGGCGCAGCGGUAGAAGGUAUUUAACUAUGCAAUCAUAAUUCGAGCUCUGUUCAACAAGGCGACAGGGUACCGAUCGUAAACAUCUUCCUCAGCGUGGAAGACAAGAUGCCGGCAUCAGUGUAAGAAAAGAAGAAAAAAAACGGUUACUGUCAUUGAAAGAUGAAGCGAACGUAUAGACACUAUAGACUUUGCGUUUUGUUGAAGACAAAAGGUAAACGCGAUCAUUUAACAUGGCCUAGAAAAAUCAAACACAACUCGAUAAUCGUGCGAAAAACAUACUUUCGUCACAAUGAGUGCUGAAUCAACAAAAAUGAAAGAGAUUGACGUGCACUUACAAUAAGCGCUCUAACGAUUAAACGCGAUUUCAGUGUACCUAUUUAUUAUGCACGUGAAAUGUUCCCAGAUUGUGCCACAAGACAUUACUGUUACCUGUUACCCUUCCGCAAUUUUUUAAAUAAUGUUUUAGGUUUUUUCUCUUUCAAUUACAACCGGGAUCAGUUUACAUGGAGCUGUAUUAUUUAGGAUUUCGGUAAGAAAUCUUUAAUUCGCUUUAAUUUAUAAAUUUUGUAAUCUCUUUAAAUUACGAGACAUUAUUAAUGUCUUGUUUAAAUAAAAUCUACGCAUUCAACAUUUAUAAUAUAUUUAAUUUGAAUAAAUAUCGGUAAAAUAAUAAGAUAAAGUGCAGUUGGUAAAUGGAUCCCGGAUUGUAAUAUACAAAUUGUUGCACGUUCGCUCUAAUUACAUUUAGUUAAAAUAUCAUUAGCAUAACUAAAAUUUGAUGAAAAUAAGUGGGUCUUAUAUCAAACGUACGUAGAUUUGUUGAAACUCCUUAAUUUCUUUACCUCUGUUACUUAGUAGAUUAAUAGUAUACAAUUGAAUAAAAAUUUUAAUAUAUACGAUAUAUGAAUAUAAAUAUAUAUAAAUAUAAAUAUGUAUAAACACAAAUUGAUGUAAUUGAAAAGAACUCGUUUUAGCUUAGGCAAAUAAUUCUCUAGGAAGGACGUUGUUCAAGUUUCACUUCAGAGGCGUUCCCUGUGUCGCCGAUACUGAAUGUAAAAUGAUUAUACAUACGCCCAUACAUACAUAUUAUACAUACGCACACGCAAACACACAGAUACAGAGAAUAGAGUACAUUUAUUAAAUAAUAUUCAACUUCAAUGAUCAUUAAAAAUAGAUAUAUGUACAUAAGAUGUGUACAUGUUUGUACAUAUAUAACGUCAGUGUCUGUAUGUACAAUUAAAAUGAACUCUACGCAAAGUAAGUAGGCUAGGUUUUAGGUUGUUUUAGGAGGGAUCUAUAUACAUAUAUAUAUAAAGAAAAAUAUAUAUACUUGGCUUCAUUUUCUACCUUACUAGAGGCUACGUGGCGAGGCUCUUGUAAAAACAAUGACUGUUCGCAUCUUUCCACAAUCUAUGAAUUUUUAUUUCCCGUUCAAAAGUUGUUAUAAUGAUGUUCCUAUAUGUAAGGUGCCUUAAGCAAUCAAAAAAAAAAUUUACUUUUCUCUGAUAUACCUCGAUGGUACACUGAACUAAAAUUCCCCCGAUUAAUGUUACCGCAUUUCUUUCAUUAAAUUAAGAACAAAGAAAUAGAAAUCACAAUUAUGAGCGUUGACAAGCAUAUAUCUAUUUUCUUUCUUUGUGAAAGAUUAAUAUGUUCUGAUCAAGAUUUCACAAUUUACGUCUUCCUAUCUUCGGGCACGCUUAGCUAUUUCAAUUCCCGAGAGUUUCUCUUUAGUUGUGUUCAUGUAUUUAUAUAUAUAUAUAGGAACAUCCCUCACACAAUCAUUCAGUACAUUUAGAACAAAAACAGCGUGCAUUUUAUUAAGACAAAUAUAAUAAAUGUACUAAAUUUUAUAAAGAUUAAAAUAUAUUUAUAUAUCAAGUUUCAUUUAUAUUGAAACUCUAAAUUGUUAUUCAAGAGAAUUGCCAAUCGUAGAUGCUCUGAUUCUAUCUUGAGAACAUUGUUAUUGUUAACAUUCUUCUUCUUAUUAACUUUUACCAUUGAAUGAAUCGCGCACACACACAAUGUACACACUUUAACUUUUGAAACUUUUCUCAAGUAAACGCAAGAGUGACUGAGGACACUUAAAAAAAUCUGCCAAGUCUUCAUAAAUAAUAAUGGCUCUAAAUCUUCCAUUUAUUUCAAAGUAAAAACUAUGAUUGUAAAUGAAAGUCUAAUUGUCGGAAAUGGGAAAUAUCUUCUCUUUAAGACAUUAGAUGUUCAGAACUCUGUACUUUAGUGUUUAUUCUAUCUUUAUGUGUGUGUCUCAUUAAUCUUCUCCCCGAUCUACAAAAAUGUAAUGCAAACUAAACAUCAAGUAUUCCGGCCACAACAUCUGCAUUAUCUAUUUAUUUACAGACAAGAGAUUAAUAUGAGGGGGUAUCACCAAGGGCACUAACUUAAUGUUCACAUGAUAUUAUUGGAGAAUUUAGAAUUUAUUUGUCGUUUUUGUUAAAUUUACCGGCCUAUAAUAAUUAUAUACAAUAUAUAUUAUA